AUGGAUGCCACCCUGUCCAUUGUGUGGCUGGGCUUGCACCUGCUGGAAACCACCACCCUGGCCAUUGGGUUGCUGCUGGUGUUGCAGCUGCUGGGUUCCACCCUGCCCAUUGAGUGGCUGCUGGGCUUGCACCUGUUGGAAACCACCACCCUGACCAUUGAGUGGCUGGUGGGUUUGCCACUGCUGGAUUCCACCCUGUCCAUUGGGUGGCUGCUGGGUUUGCACCUGCUGGGUUCCACCCUGUCCAUUGGGGUUUGGUUGGUGCUGGAUUUGCCCUUGCUGGCUUCCACCUUGCCAAUUCAAUGGCUGCUGGAUUUGCCCGUGCUGGACUCCACCCUGCCCAUUGGGUGGUUGCUGGAGUCCCUGGCCAGUGGCUUGCUGGUGUGGCUGCUCAUGGUGGGCUGGUUGCCACUGCUGGCCUCCACCCUGACCAUUGGGUGGCUGCUGCAUUUGUCCCUGCUGGCCUCCACCCUGGCCAUUUGGUGGUUGAUGGAUUUGCUGGAAGCCAAAUGGUUGCUGGACUUGCCACUGCUGGGCCCCACCUGGUGUUUGCUGGGUUUGCCCCUGCUGCACCCCACCCUGCCCACUGGGUGUUUGCUG